AUGCAACAUAAUGCAUACACACAUGGUGGUGCAAUUGUUGGUAUUGGCGGUAAUGUAAAUGCAAAUGAUUUUCCAAAUAGUCAUAGUAGCAACAAUAGCCAUGUUUUAAAUGCAAUACAAACAAGUUUACCACAAAGUAAUAACAAUAAUACUAUUAAUGCAAAUGUUGCUACAGCAGCAAUAACAACGGCAACAACGACAACAUCCUCUAUGGACGAAGAAACAGGUGCGAUUAGUCCAAAUGAUAUGACGAGUAGUGGUGGUGCUGGUGGUGUUAGUGCUGUUAAUUAUGGUGCAACAUUUUUCGGUAAUGAAUAUCAUCAUCAAUUAACGCAAACCGCUUUAAUGGCCAAUACAUCAACGUAUGCAGCGACAGCCUCAUCGGCAGCUGCUAUGCAAGCUUCUGCUAGUACGGCAAUGUUGACAAAUUAUUGUGAUGCCGCCAUGAUGAUGGCCGCAGCAGCGGUAAAUGCAAAUCAGUGUUUGCAGCAGCAACAACAGCGUAUUGCUUUAAUGGCCAAUUGUCAAAAUGCGAUCACUGCCAGCAGCAGCAACAGUAAUCACGAACAUGAUUUGACAAAUUUAUCCAAAAACUCUUCACCACUGAACCAUGAUACAUCACAGCAAAGUCAUCAUCAACCUCACAAUUUGACAACAGCUUUGGUGUCUUCAGCAUUAUCAUCUGCCUCGUCAACAACCUCAACCACUUCAUCAUCUUCGUCAUUGUUGUCGUCGGCUUCAUCAGCUUCCACCACUUCGCCGUCUAUAACACUGGUUAAUACAGCAUCACUUAUAUCGACAAAUUCUGCAACUAGCAAUAUUGCUGCUAGCCAUUUUCACCCACAUCAUUUACAUCACCAUCAUCAUCUUCAUGCUCCUCACAAUCAUGAACAUCACCAACAUCUUCAUCAGCAUGUUGAACCAGUAACGUCACCAAAUUUAAUCGAUAUCAGUGAAGUUCCUCUUAUAGUGGAUGUCAAGUAGUGUAAUUUAUUAUUAAACAAGAAAAAUAAAAAAAAACCUAAAAUACAAAAAAGUUAAAAAAAUUUAAAAAAAAGUUAUAAAAACCCAAAAAAAAUAUUUAAUUAAAAUUGUAAUUUUAAAUAGCAAAAAAUGUGUAAAUGAAUAGUUAAAAUAUUUCUAAUUCCUUUAUUUUGUAAAUAGUUUUUUACCUCCUAAAUAUUUCAGUUGUUUUUACUUAAUUUAUUUAAACAUAGUUACGUUUUAGUUGUAAAUUUUUUUUUAUAAAAACCACAAAUUGAAGUCAUUUAAAAAAAAAAAUUAAAUGCCAAUUUGAAAACACAACUCUAAAUACUUUCAGCUCAAAAUCAAUUUGAAGAGAGAAAAAAAUCUUAAUGUAAGUACAAAAUAUUAUUCUGUUUUCUUUUUUGAUAUUAUAUUGUAUAUGAUCAAAUUUUUAAAAUUGAAACUAAUUACAAAUAUUGGUGGUCGUCUAGUCAAUUUAGUCUGUUAAAUUUAGUGAAAUUAUUUUACUGCUGAUUUCUCUCUUUACAUAAUCAAAGCUUUUCAGUAAUUACAAAAACUAAGACUUUUUCUUUGUUAUCAAUUUAUCUGUAAUUUACAUCCAUGAUUUGGAUGUUUUAUACUACAACGAUUUUGAAAUAAGGGACAUAAAAAGGGCAACAAUUAUUUUCCCUUUUUCAUAAACAGUGUAAGAAGAAACAACAAUAAUCAUAGAUGCAACAAUCACACACAAAAAUAAGCCAAGUACGUUACAAUGUUGAAAAAUGUUUUUGAGAAAAUUCAUUAAAAUUAUUCGAGGCUGUCUCACAUUUUGGGCCACAACUUUUUUUCUACUUAACCGAUUUUAUUGAUUUUCAAUACCAAUGUGCUUAGACAUUUUGAGCUGAAGCUCAUUGAGUGUGGUUGUAUAUUUUAGAUGUGAGUGUGAUUUACACAAACAAACAGAGAGGCGUACUUAGCUAAAACGACUUUGAAUUUCAUCUAUAUUUUCGACAUUAUCUCAGCUUUUACUCACCAAGUGUUCUGUCUCGAGUUUAAUUUUUUGAUCAUAUUCACAAUAUAAAGAUUCAUUAAAUAUUUAAAUUCAAACAUCUCCAAAACAAGUCUCAAAACUAAAUUUUCUCAAUUUAAAUUUAUGCUCAAAUUUAUAAACUGUUCACAAAUUACAAUUCAAAUACAAAUGACUUCAAAUAAACAUAUCUUCUUAAAAUAAUUUAAACAUUAAUAAAUUAAAGAAAGAAAAAACCAACAUUACGUAAAACGUAAUAAUUUUCUUUUUAUUAUUAUUGUUGUUGUAGAUAUAAAUAAAAUAUAAUAAAUUUGUAUAAAAUAUUGUAAAAUAAGUAAUAUAAAUAAACAACAUACAAAUUUUUGUAUAGUAAAAGUUAUAAAUAUAUAUAUAUAUAUAUAAAGAAAUAAUGUAUGUAUGUGUGUAAAAGGCACUUAAUAAUACUUAAUAAUUGUAUAUUAAAAAAAAUUAAUUAAAUAAAUAAUUAAAACAACUUUAUUUGUAAGUUAAAAUUGUAUCUUAAAUACUCUACACUACACUAUUUAGCAAUUAUUAUUUUUAUUUUAAUUUUUAAAAAUUCUUUUGCACAAUUUAUACCAAAAACAAAGAGAGGAAAAAUAAUAAAUAAAACCAUUUUAGAUUUAAUUAAUAAAAUAAUAUUAAAAUAUGAACAAAAAAAAAAACAAAACAAAAACCUAUUGUGGCAAUUUAAUUAUAAAUUUAUUUUUUUAUUAAUUUACAAAAUAUUUUAUUUUUCUCCAACCAUCUUAAAGAUGGUUUUAAUCAUUUCUUUUUAUAAAAAUUCAAAAUUUAUUUUGAUUUCGUUAAAUGUUUGAAAUCAAAACGAAAAAAGCUAAAUAUAAAAAAUCCCCAGUGCAACUUUUUAUUUUUUAAUAUUUAAGUUAUUUUUUUAUAUAAAAAAAUUUAUACAUAUAUUUUAAAUUAAUAAAAAUUAUUUUUUGUUUAUUAUAAAAA